AUGGCCGUCGUUGGCAUCGAAACAGAUCAAUACCUCAUGCCACAUGAUGAUCGUGAGCGUGACAGACUCGAUAUUAUGCAUACAAUGAUCAAGGUCCUUAGAGGACAAGCCACGAGACUCACAAAUACCCCAACCGAGGCCUUGGUAAGACGACCGGCAUCACUGGCCGACUACAAUGAUCGACCGCGAGUACUUGACUUGGGUUGUGGCACAGGCAUAUGGAUGCUCGAUAUGGCCAAACAAUACCCGGACGCCCAGUUCGUCGGUGUAGACAUACACAACAUGGGCCCACCUACCCUACUACCUAAUAUAUCAAUCCGAGCACCGUGGGACUACGAGACGAUAUGGGCCAUGGGCGAACAUUCGUGGGAUCUCAUCCACCUGCAGAUGGGGUUGGGUAGCGUCGGUGACUGGCUAGGGCUCUAUCGUAAGGUCAUCCAACAUCUAAUACCUGGAAGAGGUUGGUUUGAACAAGUCGAAAUCGACUUUGAACCCAGGUGCGACGAUGGAACACUUCCACCAGGGCGCCUAAUAGACUGGUGGUCAAUGUUCGUCAAACCCGUCUAUGAAGAGUCAAAGCGCCCACUACAUUACGAUGGUCAACGUAUCGCGCGAGAAUUGAAGGCUGCUGGGUUCGUGGACAUCCAUUCGGAAGAAUACCGGCUUCCCUUGAACGGCUGGUCACAGAAUCCAUCUGAACGCAGGGCAGGCAUGUGGUGGAACAUUGCACUUUCAUCCGGUGAGGAAAAUACAAGUGGACUUGGUCUCGAAGCUAUGAGUCUUGCCCCACUUUGCAAAUAUGGUGGUGGCUCCUGGACCCCCGAACAAGUCAGACGACUUUGUAAUGAAGCAUUAGUUCAAGCCACAGACCCAAACAUCCAUGCCAGUCUCACCAUGUUACCUGGAGGUUCACUCGAUUUCGGCUGGGAGAGAGGGAGUUGGUACCUUGAUCUGAGCAAGCAGGGUCCGAUUGUCACAAAUACCGACAUCGCAGCCCAGGAGUACUAA